AUGUCGAAGCUUAUCCCCGACCAACUGCCGUUGAAUAAUAAUGCGUUGAAAGAUCUACAACGUAUAAGGGCCACUGAACAGUCGCGUUUGUUUACAGAAUGUGGUCAAGAAUUGAGAAACACAAUGGAUCAAUGUCUGGAAAGUGUCCAGGAGUUAAAGGAACUUGCUCCAUUGCUGGAGUCCCUAGCCGAAUGUGCAGCUGCACUGGAGAAACAAGAGACGGAAUACAGCACGAUGGCAUUGAAUCUGGAAAUUGCAAAGAAACAAUAUACUACCGAAUCAGAAAAGUGUAAAGAAGUUACAUUAGAGACAUGGGAUGAAUACGUUGAUAAGACUUUGGAAGCACCGGAUUUCUUAGAUGUUUUGAAGAUGGAAAGAUCAGAAGAGAUAAAAUCUCAAACGCGACAUUUACCAACUUCACGUAUUUCUGACACAAAUAAAAUACUACGAAUCUUACCACAGAUAUGGGAGAAUCCAAGGUGCGUGCUUCCAGAUGAUAAUGAUGACGAAGACGAUUUAAUGAUAGACGGUGGGAUUAUAGAGUUAACAUGUCCAAUCACUUGUAGAAUGUAUGAGAAGCCAUUAAUAUCGAAAAAAUGUAGCCAUGUAUUUGACGAGACUGGGCUUAAGAGUUAUUUUUCAAAAGAAAAUCAUCGUGAUUGUCCACAGACAGGUUGCAGUAAACAACUAACUUUUAGAGACUUUAUACCUGACCCAGUGAUGGCAUUGCGUUGCCAGAUUGCAAAGAUCCAAGAGACUAAACAUCUAGAUGUAGGUGAACAAGAAUCCUUGGAUGUGUUAUAG